AACUAUCGCCGCUUCGCAGCACUGGUUUCUUCGGCUUCCAGGUGAAUUCCAAAAACAAUUUCAAUUGCACCAACGACUUCAAGCCGCUGAAAUGGCCAAUGUGCGCUGUUUACACAAGUUAAUCCGCCUACAGAAGCUGCUCCUGCCCCUCAAUGCUCAGAGUUCCAGAAUAGCCACCUUGCAGCCCAGACCUCUCACCUUCCUGCUGUCGAGAAGGUAUGCCAGCGAUAAUAAGACAAGCAACUUGGACUCUUUCCGGGCGCGAGAGGAACAGCGUGAAAAGGAGCGGGAUGCUGAAGAUACAAAGAAGGAAGCUGCCGGUGGAGGAGGCUCAGCAGGAACAGGAACCGAUAGCCAACAAGACGAGGCUAAGCAAGCCAAGGUUGAUGCCAUUAGGUCCAAGAUUUUAGACGCUGCGUUGCAGCAUGUACCGCAGCAUGGCUGGUCCCGGCAGGCCAUUGUCCAGGGUGCCGAGGACAGCGGCUAUCCCAGUGUGGUGCACGGCAUGUUCCCCGAGGGCGGUUUCGCCCUGGUGUCCCACUUCAAUGGCAAGUGCAAUGCCGAGCUGGUGGAGAGUUUGCAGAAAAAGACAGACGAUGGGAAACAGGAGGUGGAGAACCCCAUGGAUUUCCUGGUGCAGGCUGUGCGGCAGCGCAUGGAGAUGAUUGCACCCUACAAAGCACAGUGGCCCCAAGCCAUGGCACUAAUUGCCCAGCCACAGCACGCACCCACAGCCCUUGCCCAGGUGCUCACCCUAGUCGACGAUAUUUGCUACUACUCCGGAGAUCGAUCCGUAGAUUUUGGAUGGUACACGCGGCGCGUGGGCUUGGCCACCAUUAUGAAGAUGACAGAGCUGUACCUGCUGCAAGACACCUCGCCAGGACAUGCCAAUACGUGGGAGUUCCUAAAGAACAGAAUGGACGAGGCCGUGCAACUACAGAUGAUGCUCAGCCAGACCGAGGGCAUGACGCACACAUUUCAACGUUCCUUCAACUCAGCUUUCGUGACGGCACGUAAUAUUCUGGGCCUGGGAUAUAACCGCAACUAGUCGUAACCUCGAGUACCGCAGGAAGUCCAAAGAUAAAUGAUGCCGGUGGGAGUGACCCUUCUCCCACCUGGAGAACUACACUAAUGUUUACGUAAAUCCAUUAUGUAUAUAUGUGCAUAGAAGUACACCUUUAUACAAUCGUAUUGUUUAGUUUUUGUGGUUUUGAAUGGGGGAUUUUUAAUAAAAACACUUCAUUAUUUUCGGAGA